UUUUGCAUAGCCGGUGUUUGGUUACAAGCCUUUUAUGGGCUCCCUCAUCAGGGAUAUCAGUAUCCGCAUUAUAACUCCUAUCUAUUCUUAGGUGACACUUCGGCAGGACUGACCAGAGCUUCUGGGGUUCCUGGCGUAAAAGAGAGAUAAAAUGUCUUACAGCGUGACUCUCAACGGACCCGGACCAUGGGGGUUCCGACUGCAAGGGGGAAAGGACUUCAAUAUGCCUCUGACCAUCUCCAGAAUUACGCCAGGCAGCAAGGCAGCUCAGUCCCAGAUGAACCAGGGGGACUUGGUGGUAGCAAUUGAUGGAGUCAACACAGAUGGCAUGACCCACCUAGAGGCCCAGAACAAGAUAAAAUCAGCCAGCUACAACCUGUCUCUUACUCUUCAAAAAUCAAAACGUCCUGCUCCAGUUCCUACAGCCACCCCAAGAAUUGACUCUCCAAUGCCUGUGAUCCCUCAUCAAAAGGAUACUGUUCUGGAAGUCAAUGGCAACCGAGCAAGCGUCAAUCCUCUAAGUAGCACAUCGGCUGGGUCCAUGAGUAGCAUUUUAGCAAGCAAUGGAGCAUAUUCAGGCUACCUCAGCAAACGAGAGAUGAGCCUGUCACAUAGUUCCUCCUCCUUAAAGACUAUCAACAUUAGAUCUUCAGUGUCCUCUCAGUCUGUGGCAUCUGACCUUUCGCCAGCAAAAAGUGAACUAGGUUCCAAAACAAGCUCAGCAAUCACAGAUGGCAAUAGCCCUAAACACCAGCUAAGCCCGGCAAGGCAAUAUAACAACCCCAUUGGCCUUUACUCAGCAGAAACUCUAAGGGAAAUGGCUGAAAUGCAUAAGUUAAGUCUCACACGAAGGGCUUCAGAAGGUGGACUUCUUAGAGGUAGCCUCCCUGUUAAAGAUCCUCAUGUAGACAGUGCCUCUCCAGUGUAUCAGGCUGUGCUUAAAACUCAGAACAAGCCUGAAGAUGAGCUUGAUGAUUGGAGUCGCCGUUCUUCCCACUUGCAGUCCAAGUCCUUUCGCAUCCUGGCUCAGAUGACAGGAACUGAGUACAUGCAAGAUCCAGACGAAGAUGCCCUGAGGAGAUCAAGCGGCAAGAAAAAUGUUGCUGGAUCUCCUGAAAACAGCACUGCAGGUACUGCUCACGAUGCACAGUAUGCGACGUCAAGUGUUUGGCAUUGCGGCACAGAUGCCAACACUGACAGAGCUAGAGCAAUGGCUUCCAAAGGGUCCGUGAGAUUUGGGACUGGUACAAGUCAGAGGGAAGCCAGCUGCCACAGUGCUGGCCAGACAGUCCCUCGUGCUUCCUCCAGUAACCAAAGUACCCCUGUUGAGCAUGCGCCAGUGUCUACCAGCUGUGCCCCUUCUGCUGUGCCGCCUGCUUCAGCCAAUCAGCGCUCUGCUGCCGCUCACAGUGCCCCUCAUCAGAUGACCCUGCCAUCAGCCGCGGCCACUUCCAUGGUGCACGACUCCAUCUCGUCAUCUUGCCAAAGUGUCAGUCACCAUUCUUCUACUUCCAUCACCUGCCAGUCCAAAAAGAGAGGCCCAGGCCAAUCUUACACAUCAGCUCCAGCUUCCCACAGCCCUGCUCCUUACCCAGGCUACAGCGAAGCCCCGGCUCCUGCCUCAAAGCCCAGAGUUGUCACCACUGCCAGCAUCAGGCCUUCGGUCUAUCAGCCAGCAGCUCCGGCGCCAGCCCCAGUGCCUGUACACACCCAAGCUCCGAGCCAAGUGGAGCCUUCAAGCCGUCCACCCUGGAUCACGGACGACUCCUUCUCCCAGAAGUUUGCUCCGGGGAAAAGCACCACCACUGUCACCAAGCAUAUCCUGCCACGGGGGGCUCCGGUGCCACCCCCGCCGGCCUCAGCCCCCACGUAUCAGCCUCCUUCCAUCCCAGCCUCUUCCCAGGCUCCGGCAGUUGCCCGGGGAACGAUUCAAAGGGCUGAGCGCUUCCCAGCCAGCAGCCGGACUCCGCUGUGCGGACACUGUAAUAGCAUCAUCAGGGGUCCUUUCCUGGUAGCCAUGGGUCGUUCUUGGCACCCCGAGGAAUUUUACUGCGCUUACUGCAAGGCAUCCCUGGCUGAUGUCGGCUUUGUUGAGGAGCAGAACAGUGUGUACUGUGAGCGUUGCUAUGAGCAAUUCUUUGCCCCUACCUGUGCCAGAUGCCACACCAAGAUCAUGGGGGAAGUGAUGCACGCCCUUCGGCAGACUUGGCACACAACUUGCUUUGUCUGUGCUGCCUGCAGGAAGCCAUUUGGGAAUAGCCUCUUCCAUAUGGAGGAUGGAGAGCCCUACUGUGAGAAAGACUAUGUGACCUUGUUCAGCACCAAAUGCCAUGGGUGCGAUUUCCCUGUCGAAGCAGGAGACAAGUUCAUUGAAGCCCUUGGACACACUUGGCACGACACCUGCUUCAUCUGUGCUGUGUGCCACGUGAAUUUGGAAGGCCAGCCAUUUUAUUCGAAGAAGGAUAAGCCGCUAUGCAAGAAGCAUGCACACGCCAUCAACGUCUAAAGGAAGAACUAGAAGCUAAAGGCAAAGUGAAAAGUUUAGGAGUUGGCUCAACAAAUGAAAUAUAGAUAGUUAUGGAUUUCUCAUGACUGGGACGGGAGGGGUCAGGGGAGGUAAUGGAUUUUGAACCUUCUGACGUUGAUCUCGGCUGCUUUUUCUAUGUGCAGAUCUUUCCCCUACAUACUUCAAAUUAAAAAAGGAAAUGAAUAUUCGAAACUUGACAGUGAAACAUUGCUGCAAAGGUUUGAGCAAAAUGAAUGGGGGGGGGGAAUCAUUUAUAAAACGGUUGCAUAAAAUUACAAAUACUGAAUAUCUUCUAGCGUGUGUGUUCAGCACCGUACACUUAAAGCUUAUAUUACACAACAGUGCUUU